GUGAGAGGCUGAGUUGAAAAGAGUCAUGAAAAGGGUCAAGAGGUCUGAGAAACCAGACGAAAGGAAUGUAAACGAUCCGUUUAAGAAGCUUCCAAAUGACAUGAACGUAGUGAUUCUCAUGAAACUGCCGCCGGGAUCCAUAGCCAGGCUCCAUUUCGCUUCUAAACACUUGUCAUCGAUAAUCCUCGACAAAAAGUUCACCGAGUUGUACAUGACUCGAUCUUCAACUCAGCCGCGUCAUCUUGUCUCAGUGCACGGUGGCCGCCAGUACGUGAAGAUGCAGCGCUUUCACUCCAUCUCUCAAGAGUAUCCGUUGUCUUCUAAUCAUGACAAGGUUAGUUGUAAACCGGAUCCGUAUGGACCGUACCUACCGUAUGAAUUUACUCCACCUGUUCGCGGCUUGAUCUGCGGUCGGAACGGUACCAAGGUGAAGGUCGGAAACCCUAGCACGGGUCAGUUCGUAUUUUUACCUAGAGUCAAAACGAUUAAGAAAAACAUAUUAUCAGUUUUUGGAUAUGAUCCAGUUAAUGAUGUGUACAAAGUGUUGUGCAUGACGGUGGUAUCUAAACGUAGUAACAUAUCUCGUGGUGUUGCUAUGUCGGAGGAGCAUCAAGUGAUCACUGUAGGAGCUAAACAAAAAUGGAGAAUGAUCGAGUGUAAGUAUCCACAUCGUCAUUAUUCUGGAUGUCAAGGGAUAUGCAGAGAUGGGGUUAUGUAUUAUUUAGCUUCUUACAAAGAAAAAAGUUCUCUAAUGAGUUUUGAUCUGAGUUCUGAAGACUUUAAUGUUACUAAGCUACCCGAAGAUGAUACGCUUCAACAGUGUGGUGAGCUGGUGAAUCACGCUGGAAAGAUAACCAUAGCGACUCUACAAUGUUUAGGACCAGUUGACCUAUGGGUUCUGGAAGAUGUCAACAAAGAAAUAUGGUCAAAAGCUGUUGUCGUGAUGCCUCCUCUGGCAGAUAGAUUUGGAAUGUCUUAUAAGUUCGCGUUCAGGGGUAUACUUGGUAAUGGAGAGAUGAUAUUAACACCGAUUACAACCCCUAAGCCGUUUUUUUUUCUUUGUUACAAUCCGGAGGGGGGGGAAUUCAGAAAAAUUGUGAUUGAUGAUAUUGUAUAUUACUCUGAUAUUAUCCAAGUCUUUUUCGAUCAUGCAGAGAGUUAUAUGGUUCUGUGA